AUGGAAUCAAUUGGAGUAGUUUUGGAAUUCUGCUACACCCAACGCCUUUUAAGAAUAGAACAUCUACAUAAGCUGCGCCUUUCUGCAGGGUGUUGCUCUGUGAGAAAGAAAUCUGUUUUUCAGUUCCUCGAGUUCCAUUUGAAACUUCAAGAAACUAUAAGGGUUGUCCACAAAUUAGUUCAUCAGCCAAAGGGUAGCUGUGUUCCUUUGUUUUCCUCGAGCCAAAUCUCUUUGAUUGCGAUUUCUUGGAUAGUCGGCGAAAAGCAAGAUUGUCAAGGAUUGAGAUUCAUAGACUUCGUAUUGCCUCUGUUCUUUGUUAAUAAGUAUGAAAAAGAUGCAAAGAAAUACUGGGAUAUCUUUUAUAAGCGUCAUCAAGACAGAUUCUUUAAGGAUCGUCACUAUUUGGACAAAGAAUGGGGACACCACUUUUCUGGAGAAGGAAGACAGGUCAUACUAGAGGUUGGAUGUGGAGCUGGAAAUACGAUCUUCCCUUUGCUUGCAACAUACCCAGAUAUAUUUGUGCAUGCUUGUGAUUUUUCACCACGUGCAGUUAAUUUGGUUAAGAUGCACAAGGAGUUCACAGAAGCCAGAGUCAAUGCAUUUGUUUGUGAUCUUACCACUGAUGAUCUAAGCUUGCAUGUGGCGCCUUCUUCAGUUGACAUUGUAACUAUGUAUCCCCAGAAAAAAUGCCUCUGGUGGUACAAAAUAUCCAGAAAGUUCUCAAGGCGACCAACUGGUCGUAUAUUGUUUCGCGAUUAUGCAACUGGUGAUCUUGCUCAGGAAAGGUUCAGUGGCAAGGAGCAAAAAAUCAGUGAAAAUUUCUAUGUUAGGGGGGAUGGCACUCUUCUUAUUAAAAUUCAUUUUGGGCUUCACCAGCGGGCUUUCUACUUCUCGGACGAGUUCUUAAGAAAUCUUUUCCUACAAGAUGGGUUUGUCAUGGAAGAACAUGUCUUGUGUUGCAAGCAAGUGGAAAACAGGUCCAAAGAGAUUAUAAUGAACCGGCGGUGGAUUCAAGCUGUUUUUCGGGUGGUUAAUGACAAUAAAAUUAGUUUUACUGUAUAUGAAGAUGAACAAAAGGAUCUAAAUAGGGAUUCGGCCAAAACUAAGAAAGAUGAUGCCAAUGGAUUUGAAAUUGACAUGUCUGAAGGAAUGGCCUUAGAAAUGUUCGAUAUUUCAUCUUCCCGUGAAGAGAUAGUCGAGCUUUCCAUAAACAAUCUCCUUUUCAAGAUUAAAGUACUUUCGAAGGAAUACCAACACACAUGCACGUCAACCGGCCUAAUGCUUUGGGAGUCCGCUCGACUAAUGGCAUCCAUACUCGCUGCAAAUCCGGGGAUUAUUGCCCGAAAGAAGGUUCUAGAGCUCGGGUGUGGGUGCGUGGGAAUUUGCUCGAUGAUAGCCGCUCGAUCGGCCGAUCUUGUGGUGGCCACCGAUGGAGACCCAAAAGCCCUUGAUCUCUUGGCCCAAAACAUAUACGCAAAUACGGACUCGAAUCUACUUGAUCGUCUAACCGUGAAAAAGCUCGAAUGGGGGAAUAAAAACGAUAUAGAGGCUGUAAAAAAAAUUAACGAGGAAGGGUUUGACGUAAUUAUUGGUACCGACGUGACUUAUGUUUUGGAAUCGAUUUUGCCAUUAUUCGCAACUGCUAAGGAAUUGGUUUCAAACGAGAAAGGGUCGGUUUUAGUGUUGUGUCACGUUUUGCGUAGGGUUGACGAGCCUUCUAUAGUCUUGGCUGGAUUAAAAUACGGGUUUGAGUUGGUGGACAGAUGGCCCGAUCAGAGCCCGGGAGGCUCGCCUGAGGGCGUUAUUGGGAAUUGGAUUUGUGAUGAUCGUUGGUUUGAAGUUCCAUCCACGGCGCUUAAUAUUAUGUAUUUUCGGUUCAGUUUAGACUGAUGGCAUUUUGCUAAUGUUUUUGAAGUUUUCAUGAUAUCAUGUAGUUUCAAAUGAAGGUUUUGUUGUCUUUUGUAAUGAACUCGGACUAGUUUUACAUGGGACUCCAUUUUUUUGAAACUAUUUAUGAGUUAAAUGUUAAGCUAUGAUUGUAACAAGUGAGAAG